GAUGUUAAGUUUUUUUCUUUUAUUUUUUUAAUGCUGACAUGUACUAAUGACAUGGCACUUGGCCGGAACACGUCAAAUACCGGUCGUCGGAAAAUUUUUGCGGGCCAUAAAUAAGAAAAAAAAUGAAACGAUAGAUAUUGUUUUGUAAUUAUGCUUAGAGUGGGAUAUUUUUGAGAAAACGUUCAAACAAUGGGCCAAAAACUAAUAUUUACCCAAAAAGAAAUUUCGAGAAAAAUAAAAGGAAAAUGAAGUUUUGUUAUAACUUCUCAAAAUCUAAUUAAGCAGGUCAAGCUAAUGUAACAGUCCUUGCCAUGGGUUCUGAAGUCAAAUAUUUUGAACCCUCCAUCGGAAUCUCUCUUCAUGUUGCAGACAGAUGAUUUGGUUUAAAUCAACUGCCUUGAGCACAUUUUUGGCAUUUUUAAGGCUGGAAACUUUAUAGAAACAUAUAAUAUCAUCCCAAUUCUGCAUCCAACAUUCAUUCUUCCAAUACUAAUCCUAAACAAAACCGAGCUUUGAGAUGAAUUACUUCGGAAAAGUAGCCGUUCUCGUCUUGCUGCUCAUCCUCGCUGCUCAGGCGUUGGAGGGCCGUCUCCAGUCUUGCAACCCGAGUGGCAAAAUCAGAGGAAAGAAGCCACCUCCGGGGCAAUGCAACCAGGAAAACGACUCCGACUGCUGCCAGCAAGGGAAGCUCUACACCACUUACAAAUGCUCUCCACCCGUCUCUGGCAGCACGAAGGCAGUUCUCACCAUCAACAGCUUCCAGAAGGGUGGAGACGGAGGCGGCCCAUCAGAGUGUGACAGUCAGUACCACUCUGAUGACACUCCAGUCGUCGCCCUCUCCACUGGUUGGUACAGCGGAGGGAGCAGAUGCCUCAACAACGUAACUAUAAGUGGUAAUGGCCGGAGUGUGACAGCAAUGGUGGUGGAUGAGUGUGAUUCCACCAUGGGAUGUGAUGAUGAUCACGACUAUCAGCCACCGUGUCCUAACAACAUUGUUGACGCCUCUAAGGCCGUCUGGAAAGCCUUGGGGGUUCCCGAAGGUGACUGGGGCGAGCUGGAUAUUACCUGGUCUGAUACCUGCAAAGCAAGCGGCAAGAUCAAGGGCAAGAAGCCUCCUAAAGGGAAAUGCAAUCGGGACCACGACUCCGAAUGCUGUGAAAGUGGCAAGUUCUACAAGACCUUCAGAUGCUCACCCGCGGUCACUGGCCGGACUAAAGCAGUCCUGACUCUCAAUGGCUUCGGCAAAGGAGAUGAUGGUGGAGGGGCGGCAGCGUGUGACGGUAACUUCCACUCUGACGACACUCCGAUCGUGGCACUCUCGACGGGGUGGUUCAACAACAGGAAGAGGUGUUUGAAGAAAGUUGUCAUCCAUGGCAAUGGGAAGAAAGUGGUUGCCAAGGUGGUGGAUGAGUGCGAUUCGUCUGUGGGGUGUGAUGAGGAGCACGACUAUCAGCCGCCGUGCAACAACAACAUCGUUGACGCUUCUAAAGCUGUCUGGCAAGCUCUAGAAGUGCCUGAAAAGGAUUGGGGUGAAAUGGAAAUCCACUGGACUGAUGCUUGACCAAGAACAGCACUGAGAUAGAAUUCAGUGACUUGUUGAAGACAAUUACUUUGUGUUUUAAGGAAUAAGAGUUUUAAGGAAUAAGAGUCUGUAUGUGGUCAGAAACAGUCUUUGUUUCCAAGAAAUUUGCACUACUUGUCAAAUAAAAUGUAUAAUCUGAUACAUAUUAUAAUUAUGAUACUAUGAUACAUAUACCAACACAAACACUU